CUUAUUGCUGCCACUGCUGCUGUUGUCGCUCUGCAAGAUUCACAUAGUCGCCGACGAGCUGCUGCUGCUGCUGCUGCUGCCGCCGGCUACGUGGUGCUCGCGGACGAAGGGUGCUCGGUGGUGGCGACGACGACAACGGACGGAAGUGGACGGGCAGGAGAACCAUCGCGCGCGCGGGGAGAAGACAGGGACGUGGAAUAGCAGAUUCUAUUCAAGAUGACGAGCGCAGUGACGGGCCUGAUGGAUAGGUACACGGAUCUUAUGGAAAAUCAAUCCGAUCCCAGGGUGAACGAUUGGGCGAUGAUGAGCAGCCCCUUCCCGACUCUGGGGAUAUGCCUGUCGUACGUUGUCUUCAGCAAGGUUCUGGGACCGAAGCUGAUGGAAAACAGAAAGCCUUUAGAUCUUCGGGGAGUCCUCAUCAUGUAUAAUUUGAUACAGACCCUCUUCUCCUUGUGGAUAUUCUGCGAGUAUCUUAAGAGCGGUUGGGCGCAAGGUUACAGCUUCCGAUGCCAACCGGUGGAUUAUUCGUACAGCGAGAUGGCCAUCAGAAUGGCAGAAACAUGCUGGUGGUACUAUUUUAGCAAAUUUACCGAGUUCUUCGAUACGCUGUUCUUCAUUCUGAGAAAGAAGAACCAACACGUCUCAACGCUUCACGUAAUUCAUCACGGGAUAAUGCCCUUCUCCGUGUGGAUGGGGGUGAAAUUUGCACCGGGCGGCCACAGCACGUUUUUCGCCCUUCUAAACACCUUGGUACACAUCGUGAUGUACUUCUAUUACAUGUUAGCCGCUAUGGGACCGCAGUUUCAGAAGUACCUCUGGUGGAAGAGGUAUCUGACUACCUUUCAAAUGGUACAAUUCGUGCUGAUCAUGUGCCAUCAGUUCCAAUUGCUCUUCACCGAGUGCAACUAUCCGCGCGGCUUUAUGGUCUGGAUCGCCCUGCACGGUGUCCUAUUCUUCGCGCUGUUCUCGGACUUCUACAAGACGAAGUACACGGGCAGCAUGAAGGAGAAGAAGUCGAAGAACAUGCAAAACGGCACUUCCGGUGGCGCCUGCAUGCCGAUUCUGGACGACAACGACAGCGCGACGCACAACGGCGUGUCCUCGUACGCCACCAUCUACAACAAGGAAUACAACAGCUGUUACAGCAACGGCACGAACAACGGCUACGUCGCCAACAAUAACGUCACGGAGAAGAAGCUCGCUUAGGACACCCGGGGAGGCGCGCGAGUAUCUCUUUCGGUGUGCGCUGGUCAGCCGCUCGUCUUAUCGUACCUACUACCGUUCGUCUGAAUCGUGAAAAAAAUUAUUUCGCAACAUGUCCACAAACUUAAGCGUGAGAAUGCAAAAGAGCCAAGUUACACACGCAAACUUGUGUAAGAAGAAGAACAUGGAUUCUCGGACGAAAGAACUGGCGUGUUUUAAAAGCGAGACGUCUCGUUAAAUAUUCUGCGUUGUUAGCAGAGCAGUAGUUGUGUUCACUAACAUAGUAUCAUCGACGACAGGGCUGUUACGAUGUUCGACGUUAAAAAUAAAUAGAAAGAGAAAGAAGAAGAAAAAUAACGCGGUACAACUGAUCGCUAGAAAAAAAAAAAUGUGAAAUCUUCAUUUUCGAGUCUUUGUGAGAGAUAUAACGUGAUCUCUAAAUUAGAUUCGUAACAUCUGCCAUAUGAAAAUGAAACAUCGAUAAUAUUAUCGGAAAUUGUUAAUAGUAAGAUAAGAACAUUAGGGGGAAAAAAACGAAAGGACUGCACUUGUGGUCGUUUCCGGUUUUUUUUUUUUUUGGUGUUAUGGAAACUGUGCUGCGAUUUAUUAAAUCUCUAAAAUUGCGACUAGUUUGGCAAAGCUAUAAUUAGAACAGAGAGAUCACAUUCGACGAGACAGACGCGUGAAUGUGAGAACAAGCUGGGUAACGUUAAAACGCACACAUACGCGACGAGGAAUAUGAUUCAUCGUCGAUAACGAUAUCUAUACUUGGCAAGAGCGGCGUGUUCGCUGUGCGUGUAAUUUUCUUUCUUUUUUUUUUUGUACUGAUUGUGUACGUAUCGAAUUACGAGUGUGGAUGUUUCUUAGUCGUACGUAAUUUUUCAAGGCAUCUCCCACUGAGGCACACUGCUGGAACUAAAUCCUUUCCCUCCUCCUCGUACCAUCAUCACCGACUCUGUCUCUUUCUAGCUCCGACUGUGUUCAAAACUCCAGUGUUCUUAAAAAUUAGCGUACAGCAUCAAUUCGCCCAAAAUAUCAUACGGCAGAGUUGGCUAUGUAAUUAUAUUGGCAGUUAUAAGCUAAUGAUUCGUAAAAAUGAUCGCCAGUAAGAAUUAUUAAUUAUAAAUUUCUCGUAUGUUUCUUUUUUUUUUUUUUUAAUGACUCGUUAUCGAUAUCGAGUUUUUCUCAAGAUAAAUAUAUAACUUACCAUAUCUAUCUUGAAUAAUUGCCAUUAUUUAAUCAAUUAGUGUGGCCUAAUUUAUUACAUUAUUAUUAUUAUUUAAUCAGUUUUUCAAACAUGACGAUUUACGAUCUUAUCUAAAUUUGCCCUGUUUGCCCCUAAAUCUUUUUAUUUUGGUCUUUAGAUUUAUUCUAUUUAUAAAAUGUAUUUGAUUUGUAUUUUAUUCUAUAUUGCCGAAAAUAUAGCGAUAAUUUCAAUGUUGACAAUUUCUACACAUUUUACCGCUUAUUUACAUUGAAAAUUUUUACUUCUUAUCACCCGUCGUUCCGUUUAGCUUUACGGAAACUUUACGAAUCAUUAGCAGUACAUGCCAAUCUCAUCGGCUAUACCCACACGAUUUCCCACAUAUUUAAUUCACCGCGUGGCUUGAUUCUACUACCAAACGGUACGGUGAUGUCUAUAGUAAGCUGCCGAAAAGAAUUUGUUCGUCGCUUUGAUCGCUUUGUCUUCAAAUACGAACGGCAAUGUAAGCCGCACUGCGGCCUGUUAUUAUCGUGCACGAGCGCUUUAAUCGAUCGGAAAAAGGUAUACACACGGCACGAUCGCGAGAAUCACGAAGCCCCUAUGUAGCGGUAGAAUCAAGCUUUGAAGAAAGGGAGCCGAGCACUGUGAGUUAACGAGCCUCUCUUACACACGCAAGUUUUUGAUCACGCGGUCGCGAAGGAGAGUCGAACGAGUGCGAAUGUGUCUCAAGUUAUGUAUACAUACACAUACACACGCGAAUAAAAUAACUAUAUUUCGAGGGGAAGGGAAAAUGUUUUAGAGAUCGUAAUAGUCGCACUAUAAGAUUAAUAUAUUUGUACACACUUCCUAUUUUUAUGAAUAUAUUAUUUAUGGUGACCCAGACAUAUAAAAUAAAAAUCUCAUGAUGAAAAACGUUUCUCUGGACUGUAAUAAAUUCAAACCUCGGCUAUUUUUACAGGCGGAUUAAGCUAUAUAUAGCUUUAGCGAACGAAAGAGAGAGUGAGAAAAUAAUUAAACGUAAUAGUCGUAACAUCGUGUUCGUCAUAAUGAGCUUCCUCAUAUGAAAGUAUACAUACAAUUUUUUUGGUGACGAUCAGUUCGCGCGAGAAACAAUAUCGGACACACAAAUAUCGUCGCCGAAGAGCGUUCGCGAAUCCUUUUCUCUUAUUUAUGCGUACAACGAGGAUAUUUCGUACUUGUGAAAAACGUCUCCUUGCUUCAUCCGAACGCGGUGAACUUUCAAUUGAAACUCAGAAGCGCAUGUAGAACGUAACUUACGCAUAAGCCCACAGAUGUGAAUCAUAAAAAUGUUAGACGGCGAAAACCAUGUAUAUUUCCAUAGACUUAUACGCAUAGAAUUAAUUUGUCUAACGCAAACGUGCGUUCUCUUGUGUUUCCGAAUCACUACAUCGCAAUGCAUUUUCGGAAUUGACAUCGCCGACCUUCGCGUCGUCAGUUCAAUUCGUUCCGCCGUUCGUUUGUCGAAGCUUUUUGCCUUGUCACUCCCGCUGGUUCAGCGUAAGCGUAAUAGAGGAACAUUAUCGUGUCUCCCAUUUAUUAACGAAAUACGAAUGACAACGCAUACGCAUAAUCUUGAAGAACUGCCGUAAUAAGAAUAAGAGCGUGCGCGAAAUUUCGUUAAGAGGCUUGAAUUAUAGAGAAAAAAAAAAGCGGAAACCUAAACUAAGAGGGGCAUAUAACGCUGAAAUACUUAGCGAGUUCUCUCGAGCGUUUGAAGAUAGAGCUUUAUGCAACUUUUUUUAUCUUACGCACAAUAAGAGAUGCGAUAAAAAGAAGUAAAGUUACUUCCUAAGUAGUUAGACGUCUAGAUGAUAGUUAGACGUACUGUGUUAUGUUUACCUUAGUCUUGUUUAAGUUGUGAUAUUGCGGUAUUGCGGUAUAACAGUACUAAUUAAAUACGUUUAAGAAGAGAAAAAAAAAGUUAGACGACGCGGCGUAAGUUAUAAUUUUUUUUUUAUGGGUGUCUUCGUAAGAUAAUUAUUUUUAGCGGAAAAAAUAAAUCGUACUAGGACUGGAGUCUAGGUCAGAUCAGAGGGAGAUCCUGUUGCUUAAGGUGGUUCUUUAAUAAAGUGCCGAAAUUUUUCUUUUUUUUUUGUUUGUCUAUUCUUGUCUCGAGUCAAGAAAUAAUGGAUUACAAAAUCCCUCGGUUGUAUGUAGAGCAGGCAAAGGAUACGAAUAACUCGAUUUACUAGAAAAAAAAACUACUUUAACGAAACGCACUGCAGAGCUGAAUAGCCAAAGGAUUGCGCAAAGCGUUUGAAACUUGCGUUUCUCACCAAAUGACCGAUUAUAAAACCCAAGAAAAUCUUUCAAUUUUUUUUCCCCCCUGACGGACGCAAUACUUUCUCUAGAAUAUCAUUGCCAUUGCAUUUUGUACUUCGACUGUACUUUAAUAACUUAAGUAAGCGAGCAAGGACUUUUUUUUUAUCACGCAUUGACCGCACAAUAUUUUUCUAACGAGAAAACCAGCUUAACAAGACGAUAGCUGUCUGCGGUGAUUUCGCAGUGUAGCCUUAAUCUCUUGUAAAUCCAGUUAUUUAUGAAGGAAAUGACUAUCAUUACUUGCGACGGGAUAAUUACUAAUAUUAAUGUCUUGUUCUUCUUGUAUGUGCAGCAACGUUCAUACGAAACAAAUUCCGGAAGUUUGUAUGGAAUAAAACAGCCGUAUAUUUUACGUUUUUUUUUUUUCAAAUUUAGACUUUUAAUUUUUGAAGUUAAAACUUACAUGUUUGAAUCGGUUUGUUUUUCUGAAAUAAUUCUUUAUAUAUUGCUUGUUCUUCAACGUUAAGUUAUUCUAUGUAAAACGCAAAGAUCCAUAUAGAAUCUUAAGGCAUGUAGAGCUGGAUAAUAAAAGCGAUACUUUCACGUGUACAUAGAAAAAACGAGCGAUCUGCGUAUGGUGUGUUAAACCACGUUUCACUGUAUCUCAUGUUUUUAAGGCGCACUCGCCGAGAUCUAACCAAAAGUACGAGAAAAAAAAAACUGCGACAAUGAGAGAGCGUAUCGCGUCAUGUACCUAAACGUUACGAGCUCUGUAAUGAUUCUCAUUAUAUUUUUGUACAUAAUUGGGGAGAAUUACGAGAGAAUAAUAAAAAUAAAAAGAUUGAAACGAAAGAUACUCGGUGUACUCGAAUACUGCGAAGGAGUUAAUGCGGCAGGCACACAAUGCGAAAUUUGCCCAAUUUAAAAGUAAAUUUGCUACAUACGAGUUCUUUUUUUUUUUUUAAAAAAAGGACGAUACGUAUACAUAUAUACAAUUAACGUGAUAUAAUUUGUAUAAUAAAUUAAUGUUUUAAUUAAUGUAAACGAAAAUCUUUGCGUUCUAAACUUCUUAUGUACGUGAAAAAUUUUUAUGAAUUUCAAAUGAAUUUCAUAACAAAGAUUAUCUUUGAGACAAAUAAAAUAUAUGAAAAUAUA